ACAGUGACAACUUUGCGAUUGGUUACAGCAUCUCCUGGUUUUUUUUCCAUUUGUGACAAAGAAGCAACCACUGCUAUUUAUGUGCAUGCUCAGAUUGUAGGUUUAACUGCUUCUGUUGGAGUCGGUAACGCCAAGACCAUCAAGGAAACGAUAGAGCACAUCUGUACCCUCUGCUGCUACCUUGGCAUAGAGGCCAUAUCCACUGUCAGAGAGAACAAACAGGAUCUGCAGAGAUUCACAAACAAGCCAGAAACAUAUAUCCGACAGGUUAAAAUACGAGUUCAGAAUCACUUUGCAGACAUUAUCUCAAGUCUGAUGUCUGAGACAGAGGUGUUGAUGAGGAAGAUUUACUCAGUGGCAACUAUCUCCCAAAUCAACAAGAAUGAUUUUGGAACACAGAAAUAUGAACAAUGGAUAGUUACCACUCAGAAGAAAUGCAGACUGUUGCAACUGGCAGAUAAGGAUAAGGAAAGCAGCAUUUGUAGAGACCUUUUCAUUUGCACUGAACACCUGCAGAAGUUCAAUGAUGCUCUCAUCAACAGUGAAGAAGCCUGCAUCGAAGACGCUUUAACCUACCCAACUGAAUUUUUCACAAACGUCAAAAAUGGGCCCGUAGAUUUAGAGAAGCAACUGACAGCCAAAUUUCAAAGUUCCCAGCUCCAGGCUCCGGCUAUUGCCUCUUUUUCUGCCUGCAAUAUACAUGACCUGCAAAUGAAGGAAAAGGUGUUACGAGAUUUCAGGAAGAAAGAAACAAGAUGUCAGGUAGUGGAAAGGAAAAAAAAUCUUCUGUGUGGAAAAUGCAAAGCAUGUGCCUGCAGUACGGAUGACAUCAGAGUUAUAAAGGAAUCUCAUCACAUCCUAGGAGAUGCCUUCAAGGAGCAUUAUAUAAUAAAGCCUCACGAGAAACCAGUCCAGUUUGAUUGUUUUGAGAAAAAAAGCAAGAUGCAUUUCCAAAAUACUAAUUGCCAUCAUGACUGGGGAGUCAUUGUGAAGUACAAGGCAUUUGAUAAUCUACCAGUGAUCAAAAUCAAAAGCUUUGUAGUAGAGAACAUUGAAACUGGGACACAAAUGGAUUUUCAGACAUGGAAAAAUAUUAGUUUUUCUUUGAAGAAUUUAGAUGUUGGAGAAAUGUGCUGCUGA